GUCUAUGAUGCUAAAGUGACGGAGCUGCGUGAAAUUACCGAUCGGAUGGACAGCGGCGUGCGAAAGUUGGUUGAAGCCAAGGAAGCCAUAAAUGUUCUCCAGGUGGAUCUGGUAAAGAAGGAGGACGAACUCAUAGUGGCCAAUCAGAUGGCCGAGGAGGUGCUUUCCAAAGUGCUCAAAGAGACCCAGGCUGCGGAAGGCGUCAAGAAUAAGGUGGAGUUGCAGAAACAGCGUUGCGAGAAGAUUGUGGCCAGUAUCAGUGCCGAUCGAAAGGUAGCAGAAGCCCAACUAGAGGCUGCAAGGCCGGCUCUGUUGGAAGCCGAGGAAGCCCUGAAUACCAUUAAGCCAGCCGAUAUCUCCACUGUGCGAAAGUUGGCCAAACCACCGAAUCUGAUUAUGCGCAUCAUGGACUGCGUGAACAUCCUCUUCUAUCAUCGCCUUGAAACAGUUCGUCCAGAUCCCGAGAAGGAGAGCAUUAUGACCUCCUGGAAGGAGUCCAUCCGCUACAUGUCCCAACCCAACUUCCUGGCAAAUCUGCUCGACUUUCCAAAGUACAUCCUCACGGAGGAGAUGAUGGACCUGCUGGAACACUACAUGUCUGCCCCGGAUUACAACAUUGCCAGCGCAAAAAAGACCUGCGGCAAUGUGGCCGGUCUCCUCUCCUGGACCACUGCGAUGGUGAAGUUCUUCUGGGUGAACACAGUGAUUGUGCCGCUGCAGGACAACCUGACAAAGGCCGGCCAGCGUCUCAAUAGGGCAAUGAAGGAGUUACAGACUGCGGAGAGCAUUCUGGCCGAAAAAACUGCUAUCCUGAAACGCGUUCAGGCCGACUUUGAUGACGCCAUGAUGAAAAAGCAGAAGCUGCAAGAUGAGGCUGACCUCUGUCGCCGGCGGAUGACUACGGCAAAUAUGCUCAUUGAAGGUCUGGCUGGUGAGAUGGUUCGAUGGUCAGAACAAAGCAUUACCUACAAGCAGCUAAUUGUUAUGCUAACGGGUGAUGCGAUUGGCCUGGCUGCCUUCCUAACUUACGCGGGCGGGUUCAAUCAGAUCUUCCGACAGAACUUGGCUGUGGCGACGCAGAAGGCGCUGAAGAACCAUGGCGUGCCGCACAGCGCUCACUUGGAUGUGGUGAAUUUGCUAGCUAAUGCAACGACGCAAAACGAGUGGAACGUGCAAGGCUUGCCCCUAGAUGAGCUGUCGCUGCAGAACGCGGUGAUUGCCACCUCUCGCCUGAGAUAUCCUCUGCUGGUCGAUCCACAAGGUCAAGGGAAAAAGUGGCUGAGCAAUUUGUAUGCUUCCAAAUUCCUAGUAAGUAGAGGCUGGCAGCAGUUCUGUUUUCUGCAUUCUGGGACCUGA